CCUGAUCGACUGACGGAGUCGGUCAGCUGCUGAAGGGAAGUUUUGACCUAGUAUGAUAGUUUUAUGAAUCUAACGUUGCUGUUUUUUCUUGACGUUGUACUUCCCCGCGCGUGCUUUUCAUCUGUCAACUCCAUCGAGUGCCAGCCUGUAAAUCAGUCCGGGUUCAUCACUCCAUAUUGAUACAAAAAAAUAACUGAGACAAGGAACUUGCGGCAGCUUUCGGAAUGAGCUUGAACGAGCACUCCCUGCAGGCUCUGUCAUGGAGAAAACUGUACUUGAGUCGAGCCAAGCUCAAAGCCACUAGCCGCACUUCGGCUCUGUUGUCCGGCUUCGCGAUGGUUGCCAUGGUGGAGGUACAGCUGGUGGCGGAAUUUGAUUAUCCUGCAGGGCUGCUGAUAGCCUUCAGUGCCUGCACCACAAUUCUGGUCGCAGUACACCUCUUCGCCCUCAUGAUCAGCACCUGCAUCCUUCCUAAUCUCGAGGCUGUCAGCAAUGUUCACAACCUCAACUCCGUCCACGAGUCUCCCCACGAGCGCAUGCACCACUACAUAGAAUUGGCCUGGGCGUUCUCCACAGUCAUCGGCACCCUGCUCUUCCUGACUGAGGUGAUGCUCUUGUGCUGGGUGAAGUUCUUGCCAAUUAAAAGCAAAGCCAACAACAGCAGCUUAACUUCUGGUCAGGCCGCAGCCAUUGCCUCCACCUGCAUCAUGGUGCCGUUUGGACUCGUUUUUAUCAUAUUCGCCAUCCACUUUUACCGCACACUCGUCGGUCACAAAACGGACCGGCAGAUCAAAGAACUGGAACAGGUCAUUCAGCUCCAGAGCCAGCUGGACCACAGGGGUGAGAAUGACGACCUUAAGACCAUCAUCCAUUUCCCUUGAUUAUAGCCCGCUUGCACACAACUGCAAUGGACAUUCAACGAUGCUUUUAUUGUAAAAUCUCUGAUAAAAGCUUUAUUCUUCAUGUUUAUGGACUGUGCUCCCAUGUUUUUUUUGGAGGGAGGAAGUGCACGUGUGAUCCGUCGAGUUUGGUUGAGUUCAAUACAACUUUGGGAUGCUGUAUUUUCACAAACUUCUAAACAUUAAACAUCAGGAAACUAGUUUUCACCUUUUAACAUGAGGGCACAUCUUUUGUUCUUAGGCCUUUGCAUGUUAGUGGCUUGUAUGAUGAUAAUAUUACAUAUUCUAAAGCCAUUUAAGGACUUUACAGGUGCACUUGUGUGUUCUAUUAUAGGAAUUAGAUUUCCAUUUGUUUUGUUAGUUAAAUACGACACCGAUCUAAUGAAAAAUGGGUUGUUGUGUAGUUCUUACCAAGAGACAACGUGACUUUGUCUCACCAACACAAGGAGAAUCUGGAUCAAAUCCACAUCAGAUGCAAACAAUCACAAUGGCUCUAUUAAAGAUGCACCUCCUUGUUUGAAUAUGAUUGAAUGUUAAUGCAAAGGAAGUCUGCAAGGAAAUCUGUUUUAUGUUCAGGUGGAUAAAUGCAUUCAUGUGUAGUUUGCUGCUCUAUUUGAGCUGUUACACUCCCAGUUUAUUAUGUGCUGCUGAUGGCACACAGUACAAAUCUCUUCAACUGCAGCAUUCACCCGUGGCCUUCUUAUUGUCCCAUGGUGGAUUGCAUUGAUUUCUCCCGUUUGCCUGGCUUUAAAUUAGGCCUAGUAGGGAGCCUUACCAAGCCUUUGUUAUCAAGACGGAUGGACAACCCACUCUUCCUACAGAGCCACAGCUGACAAAUGUCAGUUGUAUUCACAUGGCUGGCUUGAUGCACGUCAACCAAAAUGAAGGAACAAGAACCCAACAUUAUCGUGCUAUUGCUGUCUUUUUCUAUACAUACACGCUCAUACUCACUGGACUGAACGGUUGCUUUUUCUACACAUUUCUUGUUUUGAGCUUCCAAAUAAUAAACAGAAUCUAUCAAAUUCUGCAGUACUUUUGUGCAAUAUGAGGCAAAAUACCACUUCUUACAAUAAAUAAGAGUGCUUAUAACCAAAGUGUCCUACUGCAGUGCAAAUAUUUCUUAACCCUUCUGUUACCUUAGGGUCAAUUUGACCCCAUUCAAUGUGUAACCCUCCUGUUACCUUUAUAUUUACUGACAUAUUUUACCCUCGGGGUCAAUUUGACCCCAGCAAUUAAAACCUCCAGAAAAUUAUUAGAAUUAAUAUUGUUUUCCAAGUUUAAGUGUGAGGUACUUUAUGUUUGUUUGUUGAUGACCUAAAUAGCCCUUUAAAUAUAUAAAAAAGUUGAUAUUUCUUAUAUGUUUGACACAGUGAAAAACAGCCUGGGGUCAAAUUGACCCGAAAGAACACCGACAUUAAACCUUGAAUGGGGUCAAAUUGACCCGAAAGGUAACAGGAGGGUUAAACAAGGGACAACCAAAAUGAGUUAUGAAGAGUGUUUUGAUCCUGACAGCGAAGUCUGCAGACUUUCUGUCAAAUCAAUCUCUGGUCAAAAAGAAAAGAAAACAAGAGACAUUUUUCCUAUUUCACAUUGCUUUUGUGAGUAAAAAAAAAAAUGUUUCUGGCUUUUUUAAGAAUUAUUGUUGAAUGUAUUAUCACAAAGCAUAUAUGUAUUGGAAAUGUCAGUUUUGUAUGUUUUGUACUUUUCAUAGUUUACAAGCCUGAGUGUUUUUUGUGUGACAGAUUGUGAACGUGUGAAAUAUAGGAUGUGUUCUUUUUGUCCUGCGGCACAUUGUUGAAUAGUUUGGGGUUUGACCAUUUUCUUUACUUUUCUUUAGCAUCUUUAUUUCAAACUUGGUGACAAAAACUAUGUUCAAGCUCAAGUGAGGAAAUAUGCACAUAAUUAGAGCUAAUUCACUGCUCUCAGUUAUCCUCUCAAUGGUGUCAUGACAACAUUUUCAUAAUAUAUCAUAUAGUUGUAAAAUACUGUAAUUAUAUCAAGAUAAUGCUGUGGUCCUUGUUAUAUCUUUAUUAUUCACAUCCUACACAUGUUCAGUCAUUGUUAUGCAAACGCUCUUAAAUCAGGAGCCGUACGGGGUUUGUCCCUAAAGACUGUUUAUAAAAUGAUCGUUACGCUUCUGCAAAGCACUGUUGAUGACAGGAACACUUUUUCUCAAAGACUGAAAUGAAGAUCAGUUCAUUUAUGUGAACCGCACACACUCUUGGACACUUCUGAUCGGAAUCGCCCACUGCUUGUCAAUGCACAGCUUUAAAAGUGUAUUUUUGUGUGGAAAUAUUGUAUUCUAAGUUUUGCUUAUUUGUGGUGUUAUACUGUAACCUUAUCAGAUCAAUAUUUUUUGUGGUUGUUACCGGUUUGAGAAUAAAAUACAUCCAAGAUCA